AUGAAACUGUCAUCUGCCUUCAUUAUCGGAUUUCUUCCUCUGGCUCUAGCCAAGUCGAUUCUGGUCACUUACCCUCAGGACACCCCAGACUCGGUCAUCAAGGACGCGCAGAAAUCCAUCGUACAAGGCGGUGGUAGAAUCACUCAUGAGUACCAUUACUGA